AUGUUUCAUCGUUUCUUUCUAGCACUCUACGAUUUUUCUAGACAUUUUAAGGUUAGUUAUAAUUUUAUAACUUCAAACCAUAAAUAAAUACGUUUAGACUCGCCGUGCUUAUUGUGCAGUUUCUCUAAUAAAUUAUUCAGUCGAUCUUAUUUUGAUAUCAUGGAUGUUUGUAAAAUCUCCAAUAUUUCUUGAUGUUCUUUUCUGUGUAACUUCUGCUUUAAUCGGAAUUUCAAUAACUGGAUUAUAUUUGAAAAGACCAUCUGUUAUGCUACCUGAUAUACUAUAUAAGGUGAGUACCUAAAACUUGUUUUUUAUUGAUCUGUCAUUUUAUAGAUAAUUGUUUCUGGAUGUGCACUCUUCAAUGCAAUUUUAGACGUCGAAAAUGAAACUACAGGAUCUUCUAUUAGGCUUCUAAUGGUUUUGAUUGCGCUUUUAUCGCAUUUUUAUGAAAACUAUUUUCUAUUCAAUGCAAUUUCUGCUCUUUAUCGUGAACAAGAUGGUUUGGAUUCAUCAAGACCGCCUCCAAGUUAUAAUCUAUUUGCAAAAAGUGCCCCAAUUCCACAAGCAAAUGCUCGAAAAACAGUUGAAGUGAAACCCAUAGAAAUAGAAGAAGGAAGAGGAGGUGAAGAAGCAGAAGAAGAACAACCGAGAUGUUCAACACCUCCACCUCCAUCUUAUGAAUUUGCAAUGGAACGGAUUAAAGAGCAAUCUCGAAUUGUAUGA